AUGAGCGGCAGUUCGAGUCAGUCUACCCGUACAAGCCCUGGGUCCUACAGUACCACACAGCGCACCGCAUCAAUCUCGUCCGGUUCCUCGCCGCCGCAGUACUCCCUCCCCUCAUCUUCGCUGCCGCCCACGACGGCCCAGAAUGCGAUGUCGACCGACGUGUAUAGCCCAACCGCGUCGCAUCCACCAACUUCGUUCAGCAACUCAUUUUCCCACCCAUUCUCCCCCAUUGGCACGUCUUCCGCCUUCGACGGCGCUGCUCCCGCCACCAUGCGUCUAAAUGAACCCGACCGGUCCGCGCAAAGUCUCAACGGCUUCUCCCGCGCGGGCAGCAUUGGUGGCGGCGCGAUUCUGAUGCGAAAGCUCCCACGAAACACCAGUCGCGAGGCCUUGCGCAGCAUGUUGCUCUUCGCCAAGGACUUUGUGGACGCCGACUUCGUCCCAGUCGAUCUGCCGGAGGAUACUGGAUACCUGAGCGCAAUCGCCCGCUUCAACUCCAUGGCUGCUGCGGAGGAAGCGAGAGCCUUAUUGCAUGGCAAGCCCAACUCGAAGAAUGACGCGAACAUGAUUGUCGAGAUCGUCCAUGGCUCGGUCGGCCCUAACCUCAACCCCGGUCGCCGAAACACCAUCGACUAUACCGCGACUCGGAACCUCCUGGGCAACGUCCCCACGAACGGUCCUAUGUCGCGUUCGUCGCGUUUCAACGGUACCUUCCAGAGCUUGGAACGACUGGCAGCAGUCGCUGACAACAACGACGCGUUGCCACCGUCCUCCGAAACGCGCCUGCAUAACCUCUUUUCCCCGCAGUCACCCAUCGGAAAUGGAGUCAACGACCUGCCGCGCAUCAGCGGCAAGUCCAUGAUUGAUCAAGACCCAGAUGAAGAAACCGGUGAACUGCUGAAAGAUCCCGUUGGGUAUGCCGAGAAUGGGCAUUCCGCUUCUACAGCCAUCCCUCGUCGCUCCACAAACCCCCAAUUUCCCGUCUCCCGAUUUGCCAACAUGUCUCUAUCAAACAACAUGACAUCCCCACCACUGCCCAACUACGGCCCCGGGGGCGGCAGUGGAAAUGCAGCAAAUGGAGGACCAGGACGCAUGGGCAACUACGCAUACCCACAAAACGUGAACAACGGCAUGGGCGGAAAUCAUGGUUUCCACUACGGCAACCAGCACAAUCCCCGCCAUAGUCUCCCCGCCGCCAACCCGAAUGACCUGAACCCGCCCUGCAACACCCUAUACGUGGGUAACCUGCCUCCAGACACCUCGGAGGAGGAACUCAAGGCGUUGUUCUCUAAACAACGUGGGUACAAGCGACUUUGCUUCCGCAACAAGCAGAACGGGCCCAUGUGCUUUGUGGAAUUCGAUGAGGUAGCCAUGGCCAGCAAGGCGCUCAACGAACUAUACGGGUACAAACUGUCGAACAGUGUCAAGACCGGCAUCCGUCUCAGCUUCUCCAAGAACCCCUUGGGUGUGCGUUCCGGCCAGCCAGGCAGCAUGGCGAAUCCCAACCACCUUUCUCCACAGGGUGUUGUCCCCGGAAACAACAACGUUGGUGCGAUCCACAACAACAACAACAACAACAACAACAGCAGCCAUAUGUUCUCCUCGGUGAACGGGCCACCCCCGGGUCUAGCGGCCCCUCCGGGAUUGAUGAUGCCGCUGGCAUUGCGAAACAAUGGACCUAUCCAUCCCUCCGCCAACCAUGCUCACCCCGCUAUGGCGAGCAACGGCUCAUUCAAUCCCAACGCGGGCCUGGGUAUUCGGGCCAACGGUAUGAACCCGAUGAUGUCGCCAACUCCUCCACUCGUCCACGGGAGUGGCACGCCUGGCCCCAAUGCGGGAGGCUAUAAUUCAUACUAUCCCGACUACAUGAUGGGUCGGUAA